CUCAAUAUGGCGACGUACAGUAAGGAAAAGGCUCAUAAAAGAUGAGAAAAUUCACUCCAAUUUCUCUAGUUUUACUCACAUUUCUUAAACAAUUCUAACACACAGCACAGCUCUAUAGAAAAACCUACUGUAGAGCUGAAGUAGUUUUCUUUGAAACAUUUUCCUUUCGGCAAAACUUUCAUUUUUUUCGUGUUGAGGAAGACAAGAAAGGUUUUGUUCGUUGACCUGGAAAUGCUGUCGUGACGAAAAUUUGAGAAAAAAAUUUCAAAGGAAACUAGAAACCAAGAAGUCCAUAAAAUGGCUUCAGAUAGUGCAUCACUUCACUCUCUUGAAGCACUAAUGAAUGAAUUCUUCAGUGGGACAACUGGCAAUCAAAGGAAAAGAGAAAUAGAACAAGUGCUUCAUAAUUUUGGUCAGCAGUCUGGAGCAUGGCACCACUGUGUAUAUUUCAUGGGUCAUAGUAGUAAUCACUAUGUACUCAUGUAUGCAAUAUCUGUCUUUGAGAAUCUGAUCAACAAGCAGUGGCUGGGAAUACAAUCAUCAGACAAGACUGAAAUACGGAAUUUCCUUAACCAAUAUUUAUUGACGCACCACAAAGCACUGCCCUCAUUUGUGAGGAAUAAACUUGUCAAAGUUAUAGUGGAUGUUGGGAGAAUUGACUGGCCACACUUCUAUUAUAAUUUUUUCACCAACAUCAUAGAGCUUAUCCAACAACCUUCAACCACCACCCUUGGCCUUAUUAUGCUACAUACAACGUCAGAAGAAAUGGCCUCACCCCGAGAAGACCUCAGUAUUGCACGCCGAAAUGAACUACAUAGACUUUUGCUCAAUCAAGUGCCUGGGGUACUAACACUUAUUGGGCAACUCUUGGAGAGGAUUUUAGAGAGACACAGACGAGUGACGACGACUGUGACACCCCCACCAUCACCUACCCAUGGUAUAUCCACUGGUCGCAGCGCCAGCCCAAUUAUUACAGGUAGGCUACUCAACCAGUCUCCAAAGUUGCUGCAAUUACCGGCACUGGAUCCCGAGUCAGAAGAGAUCAGUAGCCUUGCACUGAAGUGUUUGAGUCACUUGUUUAGCUGGAUACCUUUGUCGAGCACCAUCACGCCACAGUUGCUGGGUACAGUGUUUUAUUUCGCAGAGUUUGGUUGUUGUGCUUUGUCUGGCUCUAAUGGCAGUAUUGUAGGAAAUCCUCAACUUGGUGUACUUGCAAUGACUUGCAUUAAUGAACUGCUCUCCAAGAACUGUGUUCCUGCAGAGUUUGAGGAAUUCCUUCUCAAGCUGUUCCAGCAGACGUUUCAACUAUUACAAAGAAUAACUAAAGAGGGUGGAGUUCAAUCUAUUGACAGUGAUCUGUCUGAAUUGGAUGAGAGCUACAUAAGCAAGUUCACUGAAUUUCUUUGUAUGUUUGUGAGCAUUCACCUCAGGAGAUUUGAAAACAGUUCUCACUUUCCAGUUCUUGAAUUGCUCACACUACUGUUCAAAUACACCUUUAAACAGCCUGACAAUGAAGGACUGUUCUCUUGUCUUGAUAUUUGGGCUGUAUUCUUGGAUUACUUGACAUCUAAGGUAUCAAAUGCUCGUAGUGACAAAUUAGCAGAAGCAGAGGCUACUGUAUCAAGAUACAAAGAGGUUCUCAUGCUCCUCCUGAAUGAGCUCAUCAAGAAGAUCCAGUUUCAUCAUAACCCAACAUUUCUUGAAGAACUAGAUGAUCAAGUUGUGGACGACAACUCUGAGACAGAAUGGCAAGCAUACCAAAGAAAUCUGUUGGAAAUAAUUUCAAAAAUAGCAGAACUGCUGCCGUCAGAGGCCUUUUCUUUAUUGUUCCCAUUGUUCAAUGAAUAUUCAAAAGUUUACCAUAGCCUUGAACCACACAUAACAAAAACACCUCAAGGUGUACAUCUGAACAUUAGCAGUGAGAGUGAAUUUCGUCAGUUACACUGGACGCUCAGGGAUCUUUCCACACUGGAGAGAGCUUUAGGGAGACUAGUUGACCACUUUAUAGGAGAAGUGAAUUUUUCAAAUAGAUUUAGUGAUGGAGAAGCUAUUGUAGAGAGGCUCUGUCGUAUUGCUUUGUUUAGUACUCAAUCCAAGAUAUAUUGCUGUCAUGUGUCUAUGCAGUCAGUACUGAAUCAAGAUUUGAUUGAAGUCCAUGCUCAGAGUCUAGCAUCCUUACAGGCCUACUGCCACUGGUUGUCACAGUUCUACAUUGAAAGCCACAGACAACAACAACACCAGAACAAAUUUGCAACACUUGUAUCAUCUGCAGUAGAUGCUUUGAUACCUCUUCUGGAUAAAGAUGUAUCCCAUCGUGUCGUGCUACCAGCCUGCCAUCUUCUGAACUCCCUCACCUCUACUGUAAGACCAUCGUUCUUGACUUCACUAGACAAGAUACAGACGCUCUUUCACACUGUGAGCACUGGAGGUCUAGCUGGCCUUCCCCUUGAGGUACAGACUUUGGUUUAUAGGUCUUUAUCCAAUGCUUUGGUUCUUCCGUGGCCCUUGAUGUCCGAUAAUAAACAGGAAUGGGAAAUGAGGUCUCAGAACCACAAGAAUCUAAUCAAAGGGCUGUGUCGUCACUAUAAAGAGCUCAUAGAAAUACCAAGGUUCUCUGACAACAAGCAACUGCAAGAUAAUGCCAAGAGCACCCUACAGUUUACCCUACACAUUCUUCAUGAUAUUGUACUGUCUGUAUCUGAUGUUCAAGUGACGAAAACCAAGGUUAUUUUGUGUCAGUCAAUACAAGAGGAUAUCCAAAUGACUCUGACGGUAUUUCCUGUAUAUGCUCAUCAACCAGAUGCAAUCGAUGCCAUUUUAAGCUUUCUUCUUGCACUGUUUGAGAGCCUAAAAAUCCAGAUUGGAUCCAGCAUGACGGAGCAAAUCGUGCAUCACCUCAUGUCCAUAUUCACCCGGGAACAGCUGAGCGAAACCAUCUUACAUGAGAGUAGUACUGGGUCCAAGGUUGUUGAGAAAUUCCUGAAGAUCUUACAGUUAUUAAUCCAGGCUCCCGCCGCUUCGUUUAAAGCUUUUUUACCUGGCAUUAUAUCCCUGUGCAUGGAGCAGCUCUAUCCAAUACUGGCCGAGAGUUCGUCAUCGCCUGACAUCAAGACCGAGUUCUUCGAAUUGUUGCAUCAGUUACUUCUUCAUAACUGGCGGUAUUUCUUUCGUUCCUCUUUACUCGCUCAAAUGUCUGGACACGAGAAUGUUGAAAACCAACCACAGUUUAUUUCGAUGUUACAGGCUUUUGGACAGUCGUUUCUUCAGCCGGAUAUCGCAAUCUUCAAACAAAACCUGGAAAUACUCGAAAAUUUAAAUUCAAAAUGUAAACUUUAUCAGAAGGAUAUUUUCCGCGAUCAUAUGCUUCUCCAGUUCAUUAACGUUUUAUUCCAAGCGUUGGUUUACCGGUCACAUGACUUGUUGCAAGAAGAGAUAACUAUUACUAUUUACAAUAUGGCGUCGGUGGAUUUCGACAAGUUUUAUUCGUCGUUUUUAACAGAAUUUCUCAAAGGAUCUGAAGGAUUGACGGAAAACCAAAAAUCAGAACUGAGCAGUCAUUUUAAACUUGAUAAGGACCUACCGUCAUUUACCCAGAACAUCCAUCGAUUCGUUGGAGAUCUACGGUAUUAUCGUCUAUGUAACAGUAGCCUGCCUCCUGGGACUGUUAAAUUCUAGCUAUAUUAUACUAUCCGCAUGGGGUAUUUAUCUAGUCUCCUUAUUCAUGUCGGACGAGAGCCUCUUGGUCCCUAUUUCUGGGCGACGCUAACAAAUGACAGUUCAGUGUUGAGAAAUUUACAAGUCCAGAACUAGAUUUAAUUGCACGCGCAAUUUUAAACGAACAUUAACGUUUCUAGAGCCUGCGUUUAUUGUGGUCAUCAGCGAAUAACGUUGGCGCUGACCAGAAAGAAACGCAGGCUCAAGGAAUUAAAACGAGGUGGUUGCGCGGUCUUGGUAAUAUAUAGAGCCAUAUUUUGCGGUUUUGUUGGGUUUUGAAUAGCUUUACAUGCUAGUGGUUUUUGAGGAGCAUAGAGAUGUGCGCAGCUUUGUUCUUGUUAGUUGCUCCUCUUCCUUCUUUCCGUCUUCCUUCGUUGUUUACUUCGUUACUUCCUUAUGUUUUCUCUCUCUCUCUCUCUCUCUCAUCUUUCUUUUUUGCUUUUAUUUCUCUUUCUUACUUUUAAUAUAAGCUUACCAAAAUGAAAAUCAAAAAUAUGGGGUUAAAAAAAUUUAGCCUUUCAAAUGUUGCAAUAUAUCAAAUAUGAAUUGAUAUUAUAUUUUUCUGUUCAAAUUGAUAUAUUAAGGACACCUUUGUUGACCGAAGUCACUCGAAUGAAGUGACGUCAAAGAUACAAAUUACGUCAUAAUGAUGAUAUUCACGGAAUACCCGAGACCCCGGAUGUAUGUUGUGGGUCUUGGUGAAUAGAGAGUAUUUUUAUCGUUCUUUUAUAUUUAUAAUAUGAUACAAAAUUGUACUCUCCUAUUGAAGAUUAUUAUAUUAAUAAAGUGUUGAAAUUAAUGCUGAAA